AUGCUACCCGUGGCCUGGUUUAGAUUUGUUAUCAAGUUGACGAUGCCGUCAACGCUGACAGCGAUCACUGAUGUCAUUCAGCAUACCAUCAACAUAGGCAACCUGAAGCUGCCUGAGAAUGGCUUCUACCCAGAGGCGAUCACGGCUGAGCUUUUACGGGAGGAGGAUGCCGGCCCGCAGUGA